AUGGGUCUUUCAAAGCUUUUUAAGAAAAAGAACCCAAAAUCUCAGAACACCUCGGCCGUCCAAAAUGACCAGUCAACAAAACAGAUUCCUCUCUCAGACAUUGGCCCUGAACAACUCGGAAUUGUUGUUGCGAAUUCCACAAAUCCUGCCUAUCAGGAAGCGUGGAACCAACAUUGGAUGACACUCGACAAAAGCGAAUGGGAUGAUUGGAGUUUCAAAAGAAUUCCCUCUCCGUCACAAGUGCAAAAGACCAUUCAGGAUAUGGACAAGCUACAUCGCAAAAUGAACCCUAGCAGAAGAGUAGCAGAUCCAAUGUUGAGAUUCUUCAAGGCCAUUGAAACAGUGAUGGCCGGAGCUGUCAUCGGCAUUCAAGCAUAUCCGGAGGUCAGCUCUAUUGUUGUGGGUGUAGUUCGCGUCAUAAUCAAUGUUGCAAUGAAUUACUUCAAUUAUUAUGUAAAACUGAGCAAACUUUUAGAAGAGCUUGUGGACGAUAUAGAGGUGUUGGACAGGUACACCCGGGAUAACGCGAAGUCGCCCGAACUACAUGAGACUCUGGUCGCUCUUUACACAAACAUACUUGCCUUCUGUCGACAUGCACGCCGUGUUUUCUGUAUCCAGGACCAGGAACGAAGUCUAAGUAGCUUUGCUGUCUUGGUAAAAGUCCAGUGGGCGCCAUUUGAGGAGGAAUUUGGAGAGAUACGAUCAAACCUGAAUCGCUACACUGCUAAACUAGGCAGACUAACUGCAGUUAUCACGAUGAAUACGGCUUUAGACAUCAAGGAGGAGUUAAAGAACACUUCCUCGACUCAUGCACAAAAUGAGAGAAAGGAAUUCUUGGACUGGAUAUGUAAAGACAAGAUUGAAGAAAUCCACAACAUCGUUCGUAAACAGCGGCUAGCGGAUACUGGCUCAUUUAUUUUUAAAAACAAGGCGUAUUUGACAUGGGUUUCGGAACAAAACACGCGUCCUCUUUGGAUAUAUGGAGCAGCUGGAACCGGCAAAAGUGUCAUUGCUCAAGGCGGUGAUCAGAAUAAUUACACAGUGGCAUAUGUCUACAUUAAAGGAGAGGAUACCGAUUUGCGAAGUUCACCUGACCGAAUGGUCUCCAUGCUCAUCAAACAGCUUUGUUGGAAAUUGAAAACACUUCCAGAUGAAACUCUGCACUAUUACCGCCAAUGCAAGAAGGACGCCCGGCUUCCUGUGCUUGAUAAACUAACAGCUAUGUUUGUGGAAUGUGUAGGCUCUCUAAGCCACGCAUUUGUGAUUAUCGACGGACUCGAUGAAUGCGAAGAGAAAUUCCGAAAACCUAUUCUGGAUUUUGUUUGCGCAACAAGUCAACAAAGCAAUUCUAAAUUUCUCGUUACGAGCCGAUGGGAGUGGGAUAUUAAACGUGCCUUUUCCCGUAUAAAAUCUCUAGUCAUUCCCAACAUCACCUCUGAUCAAAAGGAUAUUGUUAAAGUUGUUAGACAUCGCGUGGAGAAAGAGCUAGGGCAUUUGAGCUCGGAUACUCAGGAAUUUAUCAUCCAACAACUGGUCGAGAAAUCGAAUGGAAUGGACGCAGUUGGCCUUGUGAAUGAGCACGAGAAGAUUAAGUAUGACGAAUCUGAGCUAACAGCCGUUACAAAAAAGCUUAUCAGGGUUACCAACUUCGGGUUGCAACGCGUGAGGCCUAUUCAUUUUUCUUUGAAGGAAUUCGUCGUGGAUUCGCAGUCGGGGCUGCCUCUGGAACUGCAGGAUAUGAUUCCUGACACCGAAACAGCAAAUGCUCGCAUGGCCAGUCCAAAUGCUCUCGAAAUCUUCGCAACAGUGCAAUGGGCUCCCUUUGAGAAGCAAUUUGGCCAGAUUCGGGAUAAUCUCCAACACCAAAUCGAGAAUCUGAAUAUAGUAUCCAACGCCGUAACUAUGAAGUCAGUGCUGAAGUUUGAAGAAUACAUGAACAAGAAACAGUCUCUCAAAGCACAGAACGAGAGACGAGAUUUUCUUGGCUGGAUAUGCAAGCAUGAUGUUGAAACCUUGCACGAUGAGGCCAGCAAUAAACGAUACAAAGACACCGGAUCAUGGCUGAUUGAGACCCAGGCCUUUAAAAGUUGGAUCAGCCAGGAAAAGGAGAAUAUCCUGUGGCUGAGUGGUCCUCCUGGCACAGGAAAGAGUAUUCUUGCCUCGGUAGCGAUAAAUCAUCUAAUCGAACGUAGCAAAAAUUCGAAAGACACUGUUAUAUAUGCUUACUUCAAGGGAGAAGACGCGAAUUCGCAAUAUUCGCCAACACAAAUGAUAUCCAGUCUGAUAAAACAACUAUGUUGGGCUCUUCCAGCACUCCCUGCGCCCGCCAUAGAAUUUUACAAUAAGUUCCUAAUGAACGGACGAAAACCGUCUUUCAAUGACCUGGAAUCUCUAUUCCUGAAAUGCUCAAAGCUUUUCGAACGUGUCUUUAUCGUUCUCGACGGCUUAGACGAAUGCGAGCAGAAACAUCGAAAGCUGAUACUCAGUUUCGUGCUUGAUCUUGGACGCCAGGACGAGAACGUGAGGGUUUUUGUAGCCAGCCGAAUCCUGAUUGAUAUAUUGCGUGCUUUUCGACGUCAAAAGGUUCUAAAAGUGAGCUCUAGGAAUAGUCUUGCGGAGGGCGAUAUUGCGAGACUAGUCAAACAUCGAGUAGCGACAGAGCUCAGUCAUAUUGAUCCAGAGGUACAAGAGCUUGUCAUCAACACAGUGACUGAAAAUUCUAAGGGAAUGUAUCUUUGGGUGGACCUCCAAUUGACUGAUAUUGCCCAAGUCCCUGAGGCCGACAUCAAAACGCAAUUAGACCACUUGCCUGCUGGGCUAGAAGAUACGAGCCUCGCGCAGACUUGUUUUCUGUGGGCAAUCAAUGCUAAAGUCAUUUUGAAUUCAGGCACCUUCGUUGAUGCGGUCUCCCUAGCACACAAGGCUGCGCUUCAUCAGACGAAACCAUACGACGCUCAUAUCCUCAACGAAAUCACUUUCGGCCUUCUCACAAUAAGUAAUCUUGUUUUUAUUCGGGUGAGAACCGUCCAUUUUUCGUUAAAGGAAUUCGUAAUCGAUCCAAACGCCAACCACCCAGACGACCUACGGGAUUUUCUCCCUGAUACAGAAACUGCAAAUGCUAAAAUGGCUAUCAUGUGCCUUCAGCAUCUUAUGAGUGAUACGGAACCACAAGAUUCUUUCCAUACAUGCCUCAUGUACUGUGCCAAAUAUUUUGACAGUCAUAUCCAGAGUCUCACCGCAAUCCCGGAGGAGCUGUGGAGGGUCCUCGACUACAUAUUCCUGGAACGUCCAGAGAUAUUAAAGCGGAUUUUGGCUUGGAGAUGCCCUUCACAAGGUUGGGAUUACCCGAACAUUGCAUGCAUGGGUAAUCCCAAAUAUGUUGACCCUGAUAUUUUCAUGCAAUGCACGAAACUGCAUGAGAUACCUGCCAUCUGGACUCGGUAUAGAAUUGCCGACAGAUCACUGCGAAACUAUCCAAUUGACAAUAUCUUUCUAGCCACAUUACAUGGUCUAGAUGACAUCCUUAAGAAGAUGAUCUCCCAAAGUGUUUAUAUAAACAAAGCGACAGCUGAUAGAUUCACGCCCCUUCAUCUCGCUAUAGGGCUAUCAGACGAUAGCGAACAAACUUAUUCCGCGGUGAAGAUCCUCCUUGACGCCGGUGCAGACUGGAAUUAUGAUGCUCGCCAUGUUCCCAGCGGGAAUCCGCGCGAAGACUAUCAAACCCCUCUGAAUGCGGCACUUUCGUAUCAAGUAUAUGCAGCAGUCAAAAUUAUUGUCAAGCAUGAAUCUUUCAAUCUUGCGGUUUACAUGAAGACGAUUCCUGCGAAGUGCGCGGAUUAUAUAAGGAUAUUGGUCGCGCAGGGUGCUGAUAUCAAUCUGCGAGACGAGUAUGGAGAUACUGCGCUUCGGAUAGCGAGGGAUGAUGGGAGGCAGGAUUGUGUGGAGAUAUUGGAGGAACUUGGUGCUGUAGAGUGA